CCCUGCAAGGACGCCACCAAGUGCGUCUCUGGCGGCCUCGAGAAGGCGGUGGUGGCCUACGACGUCGUCGCUCAGCAGCCGCUGCCGCUCGGGCAGCACGACGAGGCCGUGCGGUGCGUGGAGUUCCACCAGGCCUCGCAGCAGGUCAUGACUUCCAGCUGGGACCGCUCGCUGCGUUGCUGGGACGCGCGCCGGCCGGGCGCCCCGACGCAGGAC